AUGAUGACCCAAUUCGCGUGCUGCUACCAUGUGUUCACGAACUACGUCAUGGAUGUUACCAUGGUACGUGAUGACGUCACUAUGGCUCGUGAUGAUGUCACCAUGGUAUACCAUAGUCCCAUAUUGCAUGCCGCUACCAUGUGUACUGUAACUACGUCAUGGUACAUGAUGACGUCUCUCGGCAUGCUCCCCACGCUCAAUGCAGCAGGCGACGUGUGCAUGGGUCCCAGCAUGCUUCCCACAUUGAACGCAGCAGGGGACGUGGUCCUACUAGAGCACAUCACGCCCGCGCUGCACGCCUUAAAGCCUGGCGACAUUGUCGUCGCCAAGUCCCCUUCCAACCCGCGCAUGAUGGUGUGCAAGCGGGUGGUGGCGAUGGAGGGGCAUGAGGUGCAUGCCAUGCCGCCACCAACCAGGGGAUUCAUGGGUGGACGAGGCAAGCACGCAGAAACACAUACAGUGGUCCCACGAGGGCAUGUGUGGUUGCAAGGAGACAAUCUCUUCAACUCCACUGACUCUCGCCACUACGGCCCCGUGCCGCUUGCUCUGGUCAAGGGACGAGUGUUCUACAGA